AUGGACUUACUACACCACGUCACCUUGGUGAUACUUCUUGAAUCCGAUACUGUCGACCACACCGAUUAUCUGGAACGAUUCAAGUCACUGCUCCUCCUCGACAAAGCGCAUACGAAGAUCACCAUCUGCGUGCCCUUUCUCAUUGACUACCCAAAUUUCAGAGACGCACAAGUUUUGCCAUUGAGAGCGCAUGCGCAGAGUGCAGCCUACCUCUUCCCAGACUUGGUUGACCUGAGAAGGAGGGGAUACAAGGUGACAGUGCGUUCUGAAAGGGGCCUGGAAUUUCUGGUUGAACCUGAAGAAACUACCGUGGAAGGGUGGACAAAGAAAUUCGAAGCGGCUGUUGAAGAGGCUCGCAUAAAGUUUUGGAAAGGGGAGUAUAGUGGACAUUAUCCGGACUGGGACGACAUGCAGGACAAGAUGGAGGAUGCGUCACAGAAGUAUAUCUCGGAUAGCUCACAGCACUACUAUUCGGAUGAUCUACAAGAGGAAGAUUCGGAUGAAUCACACGAGGAUGAGUCAGACGAGUCACAAGAGGAUGAUAUGGACGAAUCAGAAGGAUAA